AUGCCCUCGUCGAAUGGCUCGUCCUCAUCCUCGUACAAGUACUUGCUGUACUUUGUAGGUACACUCCUACUAAUCCAUUCGGGAUAUUCAGCAUUUGAAUUCCAUAAAUACGCAACACACUACAACCAUCACAUCCUCCAUCAGCAACAGCAACACCAGCACCAGUACCAGCACCAGCACCAGAACCAGCAACAACACUCCCUUCAGUCAAUUUCCUUACCGUUGGAUAUCUAUAUCGAAGCCAUUAUCGGGUUCAUCAUUGUCAUGGUUGGUGCACUCGUAUCAAUUGAAAACCCCGUCCAUUUGUCAAUCACUGGAGAGGACAAGUUGGUGUUUGAUGACCUGAAGUAUUUGAGACCAAUUGAGAUGAAGGAUAGCUUGAAAUUGGGAGAUAAGGUUGGUAUCAACGCGUUUGAAGAGUUGCAGCUGAGAGUACCAUUUAUCGAUAUUGUUGCAAAGAGGAAAGAGUAUGAGGGUUGGGUGAAUGAAGAGAAAUCAAAGUUGGAAUCGUGA